AGCUGUAAGAUAUCAAAGACUUGCACUUACCCUUUGCCCUCACAGUCCUUUAUUUCCUUAUUAGGCACCAGUCAUAGUGCUCAUUCUGUGCAGUCCAGCCUUGUCAGACACUCUCCUGCUCGUGCCUCAGUUGCCAGCCAGUCGUCAUAUUGCUACAGCAGUCGUCAUUCAUCCCUGCGCACGUCCACUACUGGCUUUGUGCCUUGCCGACGCUCCUCCACCAGCCAGAUCUCCCUUCGAAAUCUUCCAUCGUCCAUCCAGUCGCGUCUGUCCAUGGUGAACCAAAUGGACCCCCCAAGCCAGACAGGUGUUGUCAGCAUGCAACAUGGCCUACCUUCCUCAAGCAGCUCCAGCCAAAGUAUCCCUGCCUGCAAGCAGCAUGCCCUCGUUGGAUUUCUAGGGACAGAGGGAACGAGUAAUGUUACUGAUGCACAGCCAGGCACACAUGUCAGCCCUGUCAACCAGACACAAACCAAAAGGGAGGAUGUUAGAUAUAGAAUUCAGAUAAUGGAUCCCAGCCAGGUAUUGGAAGGGAUCAACUUGUCCAAAAGAAAGGAACUGCAGUGGCCAGAUGAGACGAUACGGUUAAAAGCUGGAAGAAACAGCUGGAAAGACUGGAGUCCUCAGGAAGGCAUGGAAGGCCAUGUGAUUCACCGUUGGGUGCCUUGCAGCAGAGAUCCAGGAAGUAGAUCUCACAUAGACAAAACCAUCCUGUUGGUCCUGAUUGAAGACAAAUACGUUCCUGUGAUUGAAACUGGAGUCCUGGAACUUGGGGCUGAAGUGUGAGCUGCUUGGACAGUUUAGCUGCUUCUUGUCCCUCCACAAGGUUUAGAAAUGAGGUUGGGUUCUCAGGAGGAUGCUCCUCAUGCCUCAAGUAAUAGAAAAAGACUUGAAAUCAAAGUGGUUGUGUGUCAAUCUCUGGCCCAAAAAUAAAUAAGGGGCGUUGCUUUUAUUUUUAUUUUUCAAGUUAGCUACUGAGGAAAACAUUUUGCAUGAAGGGUAAUGUUUUGUUUUAUACUUCAUUUUAUGCAUUACAGUGCUUUAAAAGAACCCCACAUUUUCCAGUUUUAAAAUAGGAACAUCUCGUUUUUCUAAUCGUUCUGCCAAAAAUGGCCAUGUUUUGUCAUAGUAAUGUGGACUCCAUUAAUCUUUUCUUUUCUUAAAAAACAACCGAGUAGCGUAAAAAUAUUGAGUUCAGUGUAAAGCAGAUUGGUGGGUUUAUUCUUGGCAAGAGUGACCAGACUUAAAAGAUUCUUAUUUCUUGUGAGUGAGACGUUUCAGUGAGAAAACUGCACUAUUUUUUUUUAUGGCAAUGCACUAAAAAAAAGGGUCUGAGGUUGCUCAGAACAUUUAUUUAUAUAUGUAUGUAUAAAUAUAUCAAAAGAAACAAAUACCAUUAUUUAAAUUGCCUUUGGGAUUAACCCCCUCCCGCUCCAUGUUCAAACUGGUCGUAGGACCUGUGCCAUUGAUCUGUUUUGUUUUUUUGGCUUAAUAUACUAGAUUGUGCAUCAGUACAUUCAUACUGUCCAAUUCACAAUAUAUGGCGGAGUACAAAUAAUUGCGGAAUAGCAUGCCAGACGUGCCACUCUGGGUGAAACCAAUGGAUGGCGCAAAUGUGCAGUAUUUUCACCUUGUUAUGAAGGGCCCAAUCACACACUACUGUGCAUCUUCUGUCUCUACCUUUUGCUGCUUUCCAGCUCAGAGCCAACUAAAAGAUGCUAUUGGCAUCCUUUGGAAUAAAUUUUUUACUUUUUCAAGGGAAAUUGGAUGAGACCCAGUGUUUUAAAUGGGAUAGUGGUUUUCUAUGUGCAUUUGGACUUCUUCCUAUAUUCAGUCUGGUGAAGCAGCUGGAGGGUUGUUGUUGCUGUUGCUGUUGUUGUUUUUAAUUCAAGGAAAAUUACAGGAGGCACAGCCUGACUGUCAUAUCAUUUGUACCAUUUCGCCUUUUAGCUCCCUUUAGUCAUUCUUUUCUGUGACUUGAAUUUUAUUUUCAGUGAUUAUAUAUUCUAUAAUAACUGUACUUUGAGUAUAACUGUGAAAUUGAAUUAUGUUGCAUAUCUUAGGUUUUACUGUGUGUUUAGGUUUGUUUGUUUUUUUCCAGCGUGUGUGUGUGUUUUCAGGGAAACAAUUUACUCAAAUAACAUUGGGACGAGGAGAGGAAGCCGCAGCUUCUUAAUGUGCUACUAUUCUGUGUCUUGCCCCCAGCAGUCAUGAGAAAUUGUGUUAUGUAGGGAUUGUUUCCUGUGUGCGAUCUGGAACUCUGCAGGGCUCGAUAGGAAACGCAACACAGUCUGCAGCUGUAGCUUUUAGAAGCAGCCAUCUUUUUAUUCUCUGGAACUUUCCAAGUAUUGCCUCAGUUUAAAAGCUUUAUGGGUGAUCUUGCAAGGGAGUAAAAUUAAAAGUAAAAUUAAAAGCAUUAUACACCUAAUGAAAGAGUUGAAGUACUUGUGACCCAAUGUGUAGUAAUGUCCAAAUGCAACUUGCCCUAUGCCAUGAACUAUGCAAAGGGUCAAUACAAUGUUGUUUCUAGUAAACUUAGGUCACACCUUAGAUAAGGUCACACACUGAGCAAAGUUUUUCAUUUUCCAAUAAUGUGAAUUUCACUGCAUGUUUCUCAUGCAUGUGAAAUCACAGGCUUAACUUUGGGAGCAGGAGGCAGAACAUGAAUGUAAGAAAACUAUUGAAAAGAAUUUGCUAUUCUGGCCUGGGGAUACAGCCUGUUUUCAUUCAUUAUCGCACGAGUGUCUGACUGUCUUCAGAUCAGCACCUGGCUAUGUUGGCAUUUUCAUCAUUUUAUAGGCAUGAGAGAAACCAGCCUGUAUGUUGACAGGACAUUCUUGUAUUCCUUCUCAAUUGAAACUUUUAAAUUUCAUUUAUCACUCCUAUCUUGAGUUUCCCAAGACUGGUAAAUGAUGGACAACCAAUCAUUU